ACUGUAGAGUCUAGACUGAAAGUGAAGCUACUGACUAGAAGGAAGUUGAUAAAUAAAAUAUUCAAAUCAAAGAAAUCAGAGACUCAGUAUUUCCAAACCUCUCUCCUAAUGAAAGCAGGAAGAGAGGAAGCAUUAGUGGAGUAUAAAAAACAGAUUGAGUUACUACAAGAAAAUAUAUCAAUAACUAGUGUACAACUGCUGAUGAGUGAAAAGGGAAAUAUUGAGAAGAAGGAUCAGUGUACACAAUCACUGGAUACACUAACAGCAAAAUUUAUUUACACAGCAUGUAUUGACUAUCAUGGAAUACGGGGUAUUGAUCUUUUAUUCAGUGAGGGAGAGCAGCUGGUGAUAUAUAACAAUCCUGAUAAAUUUUGGUGGUAUGGAAGAUCCUUGGUGUCUGGUGAUAAGGGACGUAUUCCUAGUAGUUGUGUUUACUCAAUGUUGGAGUCACUUCAAUUGUUAGAGUUUAUACUGUCAGUGGAAGAAGUGUCCCUUCCUAUUCUACAGAAGAUAAGGAAUGAUUCAUCUAGUAAUGAUGAGAAAGCUUCUCUUUUUUUGGAAACUAUUAAUGACGAUCCUAUUAUGAUAUCUGCACUGAGACAAGACAAGGAACUACAUGAUAAAGGAGUCAGGGGGAGAGUGAAGUGGGACAGUGACAAGGUAUACCUUUACUCUCCAUCUCCAGUUCAGUGUAAUGAAGUGAUUAGUAAUAUUAAUAAUAAUCAUAAGUGGAUUAGCCUCCACUCCUCAUCUACUAAUAGUACAGUAUCUCUACUAUCAUCAACUAAACUGCAUACACUAAACCUGAGGAGACUUGUGAUACAGUACAGCCCAUUAACUAAUGAUUGUAUCCAGUACUUGUGUAUUCUACUGACUAAUAAUAAAACAAUACAAGGACUAGUCAUUAGUUACCACUCCAUUAGUGAUAGAGGAGUUACUAAUAUCUGUCAAGCACUUGAACACAACUCUACACUUACCUCAUUAGAUCUUUAUGAUAAUCCUCUCAUCACUUCUACUAGUGGACAGGCUCUUUCUCACCUCCUCCUCAAUAACUCAUCACUAGUUGAACUGAAUCUAAGGAAGACUUCAUUGUCUACUGAGUCAAUACUACUCAUCCUCCAGUCACUAAUGGAUAAUAAGAAGAUAAGGACACUCAUUCUAGACUAUCGACACAAAGAGACUUGUAUUAAUACUUAUCCUAACUAUCACCUCAUACAAGACAGAGUAGUGUAUGAAUAUGAGUGGAAUCAACAGAAAAGAGAUGCAGUUGUGUCACUGACAUCUCAUUCACGACACUAGAACUAACAGAAAUGAACUAAGAAAGGCUAAUAUAGCAUUGCUCAAUAAGUUCCAGUUACCAUGUAGCAGUUUUACUGUAUUUGUAGCUUGAGAAUUGAAAUAUUUUAUUGUCAUGUAUAAAUAAUAAUAUUAUUUAUAAUUAAUUUUUUUGGUUCCUGUAAAAACAAUAUUUGUUCUUGUUAUUGUAGAUGUUGUGUGCUGAUUGUAUUAUCAAUUAAUUAAUUUUAUUAGAAAUUAAAUUUAAAAGUGAAGCCUCCACCACCGAAUGGGAAACCGUGAGGGAACCUGCCGUGACCCCCGCCCCCGUACUGCUGCUCUGGAUCAAGAAGAUCCUCACCAUUAUCAAACUUUGAUCUCAUCUCUAAAAAUAUGAAAAUAUUAUAAUAACAGUAGUGAUAGAUAUCUACUACUACAUGUUCUAACUAAAACUGGUAUACUUAAGGACCCCUAGGGCUGAAUAUGAGAGGCCAAAAGCUGAAAAAUGGUACAUUUCAGGAGACCUAGACCAAAUAUGAGAGACCAAAAGUCUCCUAAACUCCCUCUAGAUCUAAUAGUGAUAUAAGCUGGUUGUAUUUCUAAUCACUCUUCAUGUGAACUUGUGUAUCUUCACCAAAAACAAGCAACCAGUCAGAAUACACUGAACAUAAAACUUUUUCAUUUAUUUAUUUUUUGAUACAUUAUCAUAAUCUCAUUCUAAUCAAUAUUAUGGAAUCGGUUAGCCGUCCAGCA